AUGUUGCUUAGGAUUUUCCUAUUCGCGAUCCUCAUGGCACUGGUUCGGUCUAAACCUAGCCUAAUAGACAGUCUUACAAUUAGAAUUCCAUCUGAGCCUGAGGAGGAGAAAUUGCAUUUAUCCGAACCUAACCCCCUCUUCUUUGGUGCUCCUCAUCGGCCUGUUUCCACUACUUCAACAACUACACCAACUCCCCCCACACCUUCAACCACUACGAGUACAACUACAAUGACCUUGAAAACGUCAAUGCUUUCGAAUAGGCAGCCUCUAAAAGUAGAUGCUUCUAAUAAAUCAUUGUCUAACCCAACGUGUCCUGGUAUUAUUUGCUACACAAUGGCCAUUGCGAAUAGAUCCACACUCUUUGACUGUACCGACUCACUUCCUCAGAAUACGAUUAUAAGUCAUGAAUUAGAUUGUAAAUACUGGCAACCUCCUAGCACUUCCCUAAUUCCAAUUACAGCUAAAUUUUUUACUAAUGGACCCAAGUCCAUCACGAAUUCCGCUAAUCAAGCUUCCACUUUACGGAUCGUAUUAAAGCCAAGAACUGAGAACCCUAACUUGAGAAUAACAGCAGAUUCUAUGGUACCCGGCGCCCUUACCCGGCUAGUUGAAGCAAUCAAACUAAAUUUAAGGCCCCUUUCGACCACCCCUAUCAAACUGUCUCUAAUUAUGCUGAAGAUCAAACGACUUGCUUAUGAGGACUUAGCGGAUAUCUUUCGAAUAGCAAAUAUAGGUGGAUUGAUUCUUUGGAAUCCGGAUUAUUUGGAGGAGACCAGUUUCCUUCAGAAUGCUGAUAAGGUCUCCUCUUUCACAGAAACCUACGUACGAUUAACUUUCUAUUGUGAGACUGAAAAUGAUUUGCCAGCUUUUGGGCGCUUGUGGUUACCAUGGCUAAGAUGGCAAGUUAAAUUUUUGCAAUGCAGAGGACAUUAUAAUUGCUAUAGAUGGCCUAGAGAAGAGAGGCUAUGCUGCAAUCAGGAUAGGUGCCCAGAAACGCCGGGUUAUGUAAUAACUCACGCUGAAAAAUUGUCGAAACGGAGACCUAUUGUAUCUCAGGUGCACCAACAACAAGUGCUUGAUUUCUACUCAUGUGAAACUGAGUCCGAUUUGACCAAUCCGCUAGUGGAAUUGAGGAAACGUCACAACUGUUGGUCUAUACCUGGCUAUGGUGUGAUGGAUACAUAUCUUCGAUCCCAAGAGCCAUCAAGCACCACAACAGUUUCUUCCUCCGAGCCGCUUAUUGAUCUUAUUCCAACAACGUCAGUUCCCAUAGUGACUCCAAAACGGCCUAUUUUUGAACAGAGUUCAGUUAUAGACGAACUUGCUGAUCACGCAAGAAUGAGGAAUUUGGUUAUUGGUAUCAUUUGUCUCUUACUGCUUAAUCUUCUCACAUUCACUUGCUUUGUUGUUGCCUGCUGUUGGGCUUGGAGGAAGUUUGGUGCCCAACGUAAAUCCAAUGUACCGUCUGGUAUCAGCGGAACAUAUGAAAAGCACGAUAACUCUGGUUCAGAAAUGGCGUCAACGCCACUCUUUUCGCGUAGUGGAGUAAUAAGUUCAUACGAGCAAACACCUGUAAUGGGAUCUCGUGACGCUUUGCUGCCGGGUAGUGCUACACCAGCAAGCCUUCGCGUAAAUAACGGUCGACCUCCAACAGGUCGUAACAGUUUGACAACCAGAAAUAGCCAUCCGCACACAAUUAUAUUCGAGGGAGAAGCUGCUGACAACUUGAGUCCUUCUCACAUAUUCCCUCAUGGACAUUAUGUCUGA